UUGCAGAGAAAGGAGAAAAAUGGAGGUGCCUCAUAGAGAGGUGGAGCUUCCGGAGUGCCCAGUUUGUCUGCAAAUUUACAACAGUGGAGGCACAAUCCCUCGCGUACUAUCAUGUGGUCACUCGGCGUGCGAGGCCUGCCUAGGGCAGCUCUCUCAACGGUUUCCCAACACAAUUCGCUGCCCUGCUUGUACCCAGCUCGUCAAAUUCCCCGAAGCCCAAGGCCCCUCUGCGCUCCCCAAGAACAUCGACCUCCUCAGCUUCAUUGACCAACAAAACCCUGAUCCCAAUUCUUCACAAUCACACAGAAAGACCCAAGACAAUCCCAACAGAGGGAGUGCUCGUGAGUUCCUGCCUCGCUUGCCAUGGUCUGAAGAAUUCUACUCCACUUGGAAGGAUUGGGUUCUUCCAUUCGACGCCGUUUCGGUGGAAGAUAGAGGUGAAGAAGGAGAUGAAGCUCCUUGUUGUUCCUUACUUCAAGGAAGAAUUGCCUCCUCUUCGUCGUCGUCGUCCUCGCCGCUUCGGUAUUGUUUUCUCAGACAGAACCAAAAUGUCAGUCUUUUUCGUGUUGCUUUUUCAUCUUCGAGUGCUUCUGAGUUUAGUUUUAGCUAUACUGCUAGAAUUAUGAUAGCUUUGAAUAAUUUGAAAGAUGGGGAAAGAACUGAAUUGGGUUUGAUCUUGAGGACCUCCUUGAGGCAGUUUCGAGUGUGUAGAGUUUAUGGGUUAUGGAUGGAUUCGAAAACUGGGUCUGUUUCUUUGGUCUGUGAGAGGCUGAAUGGAGAUUUCUGGAAUAAACUGGAUGGGUUGAGACAUGGACUUGUUGUUGAAGAUUGUGGUGAUCCCGAUAAGGAGGAGCAAGGUUUUAGAACAGAUGCUGAGCUUUCUGGCUUUUUAAUGAUUGGAAUGGAUCUAUGUGAAGCAGUGAUGGCUUUGCAUUCAGAGGGAUUAGUUAAUGGAUGUUUAGCGCCUUCUUGCUUCAGUUUUGAUGAUUUAGGUCGCAUCUACGUUGACCUGAAUGAAAUUUUGGUGAUGGGAAGAAGAAUGUGGAAGUGCAUUGCAAACUUUGCUUCUGGUAGACAGGUUACCAACAAUUUGGAAACAGAAGAUAGAUUUACCAAUCUAUCAAAGGUCCAAGAAUUUGUGAGCCCAGAGCUACUUCUAGAAUUUCUGCAGGGCCGGUGUAUGGAUGCAGACUGUGAGAGCUUAGGUUAUUCAGUUGGGUAUGGUUCAGAUAGUUGGUCUUUGGCUUGUAUCCUGGUCAGGUUUCUUGUGGGGGGUAAAUUAACUGAAAAGCUAUUCAAAGAUUUCUAUAACUUAUUUCAAACAGGGAGGGAGAAAAUCUCUACUGAAUACUUGGACAUGUAUGAGGGCUGGACAGAGAAAGUGGGCUCUGUUUUAGAAACAUAUUUGGGUACAAAAUUUGCAUCACUGCAGAAGAUUCUCUGCAGAUGCUUUGCUUUUGAUCCAGGGAGUCGCCCUCAUGUUACUGAUGUGUGGAGAUGCAUUAGAGAACUGCUUGUUGCACCCAAUAUUGAUAUGCUGGUCAGUUUGGAGGUUGCUAUUGUCAAGGAGGAGUACACAGUCCAUUGCUUGAUUCUAGGAGACUUGUGCCAUCUGUUUCCAGAAACUGUAAAAGGAUCAGAAAAUCAGAGUAGGAAUGACUUGCAGGGAAGUGAUGACAGCAGUGGAACUGAUGCAAAUAAAAUUAGGGAUGGAAGAAUUAAUGAAGAUCUUGUUGAGGAUCUGUUAAUGGGUACUUUAAAAUCCAUCAAUCUGAAGGGUCACCUUGAUUGCAUCUCGAGAUUAGUCAUUGGAGGGGGUUUCUUGUUUAGCUCCUCUUAUGAUAAAACACUCCACGUGUGGUCCUUGCAGGAUUUUACUUAUGUACAGUCCUUUAGAGGUCAUGAGCAUAGAAUAAUGGCUGUAGUAUUUGUUGAUGCUGGCAAACAAUUGUGCAUAAGUGGUGAUAUUGGUGGUGGCAUUUUUAUCUGGGAUAUUGGCAGUUCUCUUGAACAAGAACCAUUAAAGAAAUGGUAUGAGCAAAAAGAUUGGCGUUAUAGUGGUAUUCAUUCCUUGGCUAUUUCUGGAACUGAACACCUAUACACUGGGAGUGGAGACAGGUCAAUAAAGGCAUGGUCGCUGAAGGAUUACACCCUUACAUGCACUAUGAAUGGUCAUAAAUCAACAGUUUCUUCGCUAGCAAUAUGUAAUGGGGUUCUUUAUAGUGGAAGUUGGGAUGGAACUAUUCGCUUAUGGUAUCUUAAUGAUCACAGUCCUCUGACAGUAUUGGGAGAUGAUACACCUGGAAAUGUGGCUUCUGUCUUGUCACUUUCAGUAAACCAUCAUAUGCUUGUUGCUGCUAGUGAGAAUGGAUGUCUAAAGAUGUGGAGGAAUGAUGUGCUUGAGAGAUCAAUACAAAUUGAGAAUGGUGCUAUUCUUGCCAUUGAGUUGGAGGGUCAAUUGCUUUUUGCAGGAGGUUGGAAUAAGACUGUUUAUGUACAGGAGAUAUCGGGAGAUGAACUUCAAAUAGAUACGCAAAAAAUUGGCUCUAUUGCAUGCAGUUCUGUUAUAACUGCAUUGUUAUAUUGGCAAGGGAAACUUUUUGUGGGAUUUGCUGAUGGGACUAUCAAGGUCUACUGUCAUGGGCUGUGAUUAAAGGCUUAUCAACUGGGACAAAUACAGAAUAGGAUGAUACUAGAGGUUAACAUUCAAUUCAGACAGAGAAUGCUGGAUAGACAUCAUGGAAAAACCAAUAUGUCAAAAAAAUCUUUCGUAUUUAUUUUUGUGUUUUGAUCACCCAGCAACAAAGAUAAGCUGAUUUUGUAUAAAAUAAUGUACAGAAAAUGUUAAUAGACAUUGUAUAAAUAAAAUAUAGAAAUUAAUAGAU